AAUCUCAAUUGUGGAAUCAUAAUAUAUACUACCAGAUUGGUUGCCUUCUUUCACCUCUGAAAUAUUAUCUCAUAUAUUUUCAAUCACACAUUCACACUUCCCAUAAAUAUAUACAUUAUUCAAAGAGUUAACCAUGGCGGCUUAUGGAGCUCUGGUUUCUCUUAUGCAUAUCAUAGAUCGGCUUGAAAAUCAUCCUUCCCCUCCAAUUUCUCUCGACAAUCAGCAAGUUGAAUCUCUUACUGAAAUUGUUACCUUCUUGCAAGAUUUUCUUGAUGCUUAUAUUUCCCCAGUUGUGGAUGACCAUAUUGAAGCAGAUCCAUUGGAGCGUCGCAUUGCUGAUGCAGUUUAUGCAGUUGAGGAUGUCAUCGAAUCCCAAAUUGUGCUUCAAAUUGAAAACCAAUCCACAAUUAUUGGAAGAAGUCCAGUUGAUAACCGAUCCACAAUUCGUAGGAAGAUGUCCAGUUUUAUCAUCUUGUUUCUAGAUCUGUGUAAAUGGGCAACUAUUGUGAAGUGGGAAGAUGUAAAUGCAGCUGACGACUUCGUGGGAAGAUGUCCAGUUGAUAGAAAUGAAUUCUAUCUCGAUCUGCAACAAGUGAUAGAAGAAAUGAAUUUGAUCAAGAAGGAAGCCAUGGAGUUUUCAGCAGCAGCACAAUUGCAGACAAAGGUCACCUCAACUCAUGGUGGCUCCUCUUCCACUGUGAAGGAAAUCGUGAUGGUGGGCUUCAAGGAGGUGUUAGUUGAAGUGCUGGAUAAGCUCACCGGAGGUAAACUCAGUCGCCAAAUCAUCUCAAUUAUGGGUAUGGGCGGCAUUGGUAAGACCACUCUUGUCCGACAUCUAUUUGAACAUGCGCAUGUUAAACAUCGUUUUGAUAUUUGCGCUUGGACUACAAUUUCUCAAACUUAUAAUGUGAAAGAAACACUUAGAGAAGUUCUUUUCCAAGCAAGUGGAAAUUCAGGUAGUGAUCUGAGUGAGGGCGAAUUGGGAUUAAAACUAUACCAGUAUUUAUCGGGCAUGAGGUAUCUCAUAAUUAUGGAUGAUAUGUGGAGUGUAGAGGUGUGGGAUAAGAUCAAGUUUUUCUUUCCUGAUUGCAAUGAUGGGAGUCGAAUAAUUGUAACAACAAGGAUGUCAAACUUGACUUCACAGUUGGGUGAGUCUUAUGGUGUUGGUAUGAAAUUUCUAGAUGAGGCUAGUAGUUGGGAUUUGUUCACCCAGACUGUGUUUGGGGGCGAAUGUUUCCCUCAUGAAUUGGAGGAUAUUGGAAAGAAUAUUGUAGCAAAUUGUAAAGGGCUUCCUUUAUCAAUUGCUACAAUUGGAGGUCUUUUGGCAAAAUCUGAGCGCACUAGAGAAUAUUGGAUGCAUAUAGAGCAAAAUUUAAAUUCAAUUGUCAUUACGAAUAAUGAUGAAUUUUGCUUGAAAAUUUUGCGAUUGAGCUAUACCUAUCUGCCCAACUAUUUGAAGCCAUGUUUUUUGUAUAUGGGUGUUUUUGAGGAAGAUCGUUCAAUUCGUGCCUCAGCUUUGAUGAAGCUAUGGGUUUCAGAAGGAUUUUUAAAACCCGUGAGUGGAAAAUGUUUGGAAACAAUAGCAAAAGAGUACUUGAAGGAGUUGGUAGAUAGAAAUCUGAUUUUAGUUGAUAAGUUGGGGUUUAGUGGAAAUGUAAAGUUUUGUAAGAUUCAUGAUUUGUUGAGGGACGUGUGCUUGAAAGAAGUUGAAAAGGACAGGUUUUAUCGUAUCAUAGGAAAGCCUCCUUCAGUCAUACAUAACGAACGUCGGGUUGUUUUUAAAAAAUCUGGAAGUUGGGUAAUAGGUGAAGUCUCGAGAUCUUGGUCACAUGCUCGUUCGAUAAUAUGUGAUGGCGAGGGGAGAAACUUUGAAAGGCCUCACAAUCUUAGAUUGUUGAGAACAUUCAAAUCAUGUGCUAGAGAUACAGCUGGAGUUUUUUCAAAAGAGGAUACUGAGGGACAUGGUUUUAAUUUCCUAGACAAUGUUUUUCAACUGGUGAACUCACGGCUCCUUGCUGUUAGACUUCAUCAGGAGUCCAAAUUCCCUUCUUCAAUCAAAUUGCUUUGGAAUCUACAUACGUUAAUAGUUUAUUGUUGGCAUGAAGUUAUUGCACCGAUUGAGAUUUGGAAAUUGCAUCAACUUAGGCAUCUCAAGUUUAGGUUAGCAGGAUUGAUUCUACCAGAUCCUCCGAGUGAGAUGGUUAUCAUGGAGAAUCUACAAACGCUCAGAGGAGCAAAGAAUUUGUAUUUGAAUGAGGAUGUGGUUAAAAGAAUCCCCAAUGUGAAGAAACUGCAUCUAAUUUACAGAUCCGAAGAAAUGAAGAGUUUGAGAAAAUUGAAACAAAUGGAGAGAGCAAACUGUUUGAGCUAUCUUGAGUGUCUGAGUAAAUUGGAAAACUUGUGCUGCAUAUUUAGAGAUGGAUGUGAUGAUGAGUAUUUGCAGAGGAUUAGUUUCCCACACUCCCUCAAGAAGUUGAAGUUAACUCUCUCUACUGGUCAUCUGGAGUUGGUAGAGAUGUUGGAAAAGAUAGGGACAUUGCCCCUUCUUCAGAAGAUAGUAUUACAUCAUGGUAGAUUCAAAACAGGCAAGUGGGACACUAUUGAGGGCCAAUUCCGGAGCCUCAAGCUACUACAGUUGAACUCGUGUCGUGGUCUAGAAAAUUGGAUGACGGCAGAGAGCUCCCACUUUCCACUUCUCCAGGAGCUUCAUCUUCAAGGUUUGCGACAAUUGGAGGAGAUCCCUUCCGAAGUUGGAGAGAUAGCAACGCUGAAAUCAAUUACUUUGGAAGAUUGCAGUGAAUCAGCGGUAGAGUCAGCUAAAAAGAUAGUAGAAGAACAAGAGGAUAUAUAUGGAGAUCAACUAGACCUUCAUGUUCGAACUAUACUUCGUUACAGAGACGAAAGACUGCAGAGCUUGGCCAAUCCCAACUUUGAAGUUACAGUAAGAGGUUAUUAGAAUCAUCCAAGAUUUCUAGUUACAAGUUCAGUUGUUUCGUAAGCUUAUAAAACUUUGAGCUUCUGUUACUUCAUUCAUUACUAUAAGCUAGCUCCACAAGUCUUUCUAUUGUUCCUUUUGUUCUAAUACAUAAAUGUUUUAUCAAUUGAUGUUUUCUAAUUCCAGUUUCUUUAAUAACCUUAAUUUUUGCUUUUGUAGGAAUAACCUUAUUAGAGAAACACUUAGAGAAGUUCUUUUUCAAGCAAGUGGGGAUUCAGGUAGUGAUGAUCUGAGUGAGGGAGAAUUGGGAUUAAAACUACACUAGUAUUUAUGGGGUAGAAGGUAUCUAAUAAUCAUGGAUGAUAUGUGGAGUAUAGAGGUGUGGAACAAGAUCAGAUUUUCCUUUCCUGAUUGCAAAAAUGGGAGUCGAAUAAUUGUAACAACUAGGCAGUCAAACUUGAAUUUGCAGUUGGAUGAGUAUUAUGACAUUAGUAUGAAAUUUCUAGAUGAGGCUAGUAGUUGGGAUUUGUUUUGCAAGACUGUGUUUGGGGAAGAAAGUUUUCCUCAUGAGUUGGAGGAUAUUGGAAAGAAUAUUGUAGCAAAUUGUAAAGGGCUCCCUUUAUCAAUUGCUACGAUUGGAGGUCUUUUGGCAAAAUCUAAGUGCACUAGGGAAUAUUGGACGCAUAUAAAGCAAAAUUUGAAUUCAAUUAUUAUUACGAAUAAUGAUGAAUUUUGCUUGAAAAUAUUGCGAAUGAGCUAUACCUAUCUGCCCAACUAUUUGA